CACAACAGUGGUUUGCAGCACUUUUUAUAUACAGCCGGUGUGAGUCCGUUGCACACGUUGUGAUAGCACCUGUUGUAAUUGUCACAUUGUAUUCCAUCCUCGACCGUGAAGACACACACGGGUCUAUCACUGCGACGUUUUUCACUGCUACUAAUUACGGAAGCUCGUUAAGCGGAAGCUUUUUCUAUUCUGUCCAGAACCAUUUGAUACAUGUGAAUCAUUUGGCCCGCGGUGGUCAUUAGUCGCGGUACAUGAUGCCUUCUACAGUUGCUAUCUCUCCGUCAGAUACUGAAGGGGAUGGGCGUUGGAUGAGUCAACAUACAAGGUUCGUUUGCCAGGCCCGAAAGAAAGAACCAGAUGUUGUAUUACUUGGUGACUCCAUAUUCGUUUACAUGCAGUUUACACAGACGUACAAAAAGCACAUAGAGCCCUUACACUGUGUAAAUUUUAGUAUUGCUAAUGACCAGACACAAAAUGUAUUGUGGAGAAUCGAAAAUGGAGAACUGGACGGCUUUUCGCCUAAGGUGGUCGUAAUCAUGAUUGGUAGUCACAACGUUGGUGAUUCGGAAGAAGAGGUUGUUAAAGGGAUCCUCUCCGUUGUUGAAAAGACAAAAUCUAAGCAACCUCGCGCUUCCUUAAUAGUUAUGGGUCUUUUACCAUGUGGUCGAACUCCAAACAAAAGACGCACGAAGCAUGAACAGAUUAAUAAACUCCUUACUGAAGCUUUCAUCUGUCGACCUGAUGUCACAUACUUGAAUCCUGACUGGGAUAAUUUUAUCCAACAAGAUGGAACUAUUUCACAUCGUGAUAUGUUCGAUUAUAUGCAUCCUACCGAAAAUGGUUAUGAAAAACUCUGCGACCCUUUACUAGAAGAACUUCAAAAUUCUCUGCACACAUUCUUAAAAACCAACGCACCCAAUAGUUUUGUUGAAGAUUCAUAAUUUCCAGGCUCCAGACAUUUUGGUAUUCUGUACAAUAUUAUUCCUAUUUCUGAGUCAAUUCUUUGUUUAUUUAAUUUUGGAUAUAAAUUACUGUGCUUCAUGGCUUUUCAUUCAUAAACUUAUUGGUGCAUUAUUAUUUGGGUUUCAUCACUUUCUUAUUCCCUUACUUGACUUAAUUCAUCGUUCACUUAUAAUAAAAUUUUAAUACAAGGUUUCCAUAGCUCUAUUUUCACUUGGUUACUUUGUUUAUUGAAUUUAUUUUGUUAUUCUGACGACUACCUUGUGUCAUUUGAUUCUCUUUACCACUUGCUGCGGGCUUUAUCUAACUUAUCAGUGACUAGUUUAUUUAUUUCGUACUUCAGACAUUCUUUCAUAUACUUCAGUUGUAUCCUUAUGGAUCAACUCUUCAGUGAUCAAUUGUUUGGUGGAAAUUAUACCUAAUACGGAAUAAACUGUUUAGUUUUAUAUUUCAAACAAAUUUUCUUAUUGAUAAUUUUGACUAAAGCAAUAAAAAUGGACAUAGCAGAACUUUAAGCUAUCUUCAUAUGUUAAAUAAUGUGGAUAUUUGUAAGUCAACUAUUCUUAAAUAAAAACUAAGAGCAUACGGA